CACAACUUUUGAUUUUAAUAAUGCAUUAGAAAGUGUUAACAUUAACAUUAACUAAGAUUAAUAAAUGGUGUAGAAGUAUUAUUCAUGCUUAGUUCAUAUUAAUUAAAGUAGUUAACUAAUGAACCUUAUUGUAAAGUGUUACCCAAAAUUGUUAAUAUAUAGAGUUAAUAUAUGCCACUAAAAAGAGCAGUUAAUGUCAUAAGACCAAUAGUAAGACUAUUCAGCAUUUUAUUCCACUUUACUGUAUAUGUUGCUUUAACACAUAUACUGUGUAUGAUAAGAAUGUUGUAAUUUUAAUAAACCUUUUUAAAAUUUCCUGCCAAUACAUUAUUCCUAUGACCUAAUAAGAGGUUCUGUCUACAAUUUUGACAUUGACCCUGAACACUGGUUAUUCAAAGUUGGUAUAUUCUCUCUGCCUCUCUAUGGGCGUCUGUGGGAACGUAGCGGUCUUGUUUUGAAAGCGCUCAUUGGUCAGAUUGCAGGCAGGGGCGUCUCAUUAUGACGCGGGGUCCUUCUCUGAUUGGCUACGCUUGUUGUGAAACUGUGUUCAGAUGACCGAUGUGGGUCAAAAAAGAUAGCGAGGCGGUCCGACAACGGUGGAACAGAGCCGUUAUUCUCUUCACUCUUAUCUGGGAUCACUACAUACACUCUCUGGAAAUGUUAUUUAACCCGACUGGCUUGAAAGAAUGUUUACAAGAAUGGGACGAUCUGGAAAAAGACUAUCAACAAGUUCAGGAGACACAUCGACUUUACAAACAAAAGCUGGAGGAGGUUUCGAAACUGCAGGACAGCUGUUCUUCUUCUAUUGCACGGCAAAGGAAAAAGUUAAAGGAUCUCAACGAAUCCCUGCAGGAAUGCAGAGCGGUAGCGAAUUCAGAAGAUGUAAAUAAAGUAGAUGAGAUCCAAGAUUCUAUAAAGGAGAGAUCAAACAUCUUUUUUGAGAUGGAGGCCUUCCUGCCAAAGAAAAAUGAGUUAUACCUCAGUCUUGUGCUUGGAAAUGUUAACGUAACACUCCUUAACAAGCAGUCCAAGUUUGCCUAUAAAGAUGAGUAUGAGAAGUUCAAACUAUACUUGACUGUGCUGCUCUUGUUGUUCUCAUUCACCUGUCGGUUUCUGUUCAGCAACAGGGUUGUCGAUGCACUUUUCAACUUCCUGUUGGUGUGGUAUUAUUGUACAUUGACGAUAAGAGAGAGCAUCCUCAUUAAUAACGGCUCCAAGAUCAAGGGCUGGUGGGUGUUUCAACACUAUGUUUCAACAUUUCUCUCUGGAGUAAUGCUGACCUGGCCUGAUGGUGAACUCUACCAGAUGUUCAGAGAUCAGUUCCUGUCCUACUCCAUGUAUAUAAAUUUUGUUCAGUUUCUCCAGUACUAUUACCAGAGUGGCUGCUUAUAUAGACUUAGAGCUCUUGGAGAAAGACACAACAUGGACCUCACAGUUGAGGGGUUUCAGUCCUGGAUGUGGAGGGGUCUGACCUUUCUCCUGCCUUUCCUUUUCUUGGGCCAUUUUUUCCAGCUUCAUAAUGGAAUUACACUCUUCCAAAUGGCCCAGCAUCCAGAAUGGAAAGAGUGGCAGGUUCUCAUGUGCGCCUCUACUUUCCUUGUGUUGUUCAUGGGGAAUUUCUUCACCACUCUUGGUGUUGUUUACCACAAAUACAUGGAUCAGGACAGAGCCAAAGCUUUAUAAAUGACUGGCACAAAGGCACUGCUGAACUCUUUAUUUAAGCAAUUUAUGUUUUAUAUGAAUAUAUUUUUAAAUGUCAGCGUGUUAAUAUUUUGUUGCUUAAAUGUUUUCGAGAAAUGUUUUUUCGGUUUGUGGUUAAACCUAGCUAAGUUACGAUUUUUGUAAAUGUGUCACCAAGUAUAAAGGAUAAAAUGUCUUUUCCCUAAACCUAAAAUAUUUAAUUUUUUCUUUUAUUUUAUUAAAGGACUAAGUGUCAUGAUGUUUUGCACACCAUAUGCCAAAGAAAGUCAUGACAUCAGAAUAUGAUAACAGUA